AGUUCACAUGAGACUCUGGACAUAGUGGAGGAGAAGAAGCAGGCAGAGGUUGGGAUAGAAGAAACAGUAGUCAUAGACGAAACCAACAAAGGGAAAAUGCAAGUUGCCACUGAUGCUGGGGAAACAUGUAAGGUGGAGCAUCUGUCAAAAAAGGACUCUUCAUCAUUGCCAUCAGAUAGUAGCAGCAGCAGCAGUAGUAGUGAGAGUGAGGAUGAAGAGGUGGGAGAGUACCAGCCACAUCAUAGGGCGAUUGAGGAAGUCAUCAGGGAAGAACAGGAAGAAGAGGAAGACAUUAAAAGGAAAGAUCAUGAAGAAAAAAUACAGCUUGUGGAAGCCACACCAGAAGGCAGUACACUAAAUGUACCAGCUGAGCACACACAAGUUACAGCUGAAGAUUUGGUCCGUGAAAAUGCAGUUACCAUAGCUACAGAAGAAAAGAAUUUGUCAGAGGAAAUUAAGCAAGAUUUAGGUGAAGAAAAAGAGGAAGAACAGCUCAAACUCAAUGGAGAUCUGUCUCAUGUUGACAUUGAUGUUGCACCACAAAUAAUUUGUUGUUCUGAGCCUCCAGUAGUGAAAACAGAGAUGGUAACCAUUUCAGAUGCCACACAGAGAACUGAAAUCUCCACUAAAGAAGUUCCAAUUGUUCAAACAGAAACUAAAACUAUCACAUAUGAAUCUCCACAGUUUGAUGGCAGUGCUGGUGGGAAUGCUGGUGUGCUGCUGAGUGCGCAGACAAUUACAUCAGAGUCAAUUUCUACUACCACAACUACACACAUCACGAAGAUGGUAAAAGGUGGGGUAUCAGAAACAAGAAUUGAGAAGCGCAUUGUCAUUACUGGAGAUGCAGAUAUUGACCAUGAUGAGGCCCUGGCACAGGCAAUCAAAGAAGCCAAAGAACAGCACCCUGACAUGUCUGUCACAAGAGUGGUGGUGCACAAAGAAACUGAACUUGCUGAGGAAGAUGAAGAGUAAAAUCAAAAAUGCCCUUAAGCAAAUACUUCAGAAGUAAAAAUGAUACUGACCGUGAUCAUGACCAUGAAGAACUCUAAUCAUUCCAAGUCACCACGACUCUACUGAAUUCACCAAGCCUAGCAAUGAUGACCAGAUGUUCAAGACUUAAAUGCCAAUACCAAACUCCAUUUUAACAUCUUUGGUCUAUAUUCCAUUACAGUCUUUCUUGUUUAUUUUUUAUAACCACUUCUUAAUAAUCUUAGAUUUAUUUUUUUUUCAAAUGGAGUUUUAGAGAGUAUGAUCUUCUUUUGCACAAAUACUUGUAUUUUUGAAGCUGAUUCUUAAUUAUAUGAAAGUGAACAAAAAGGAAGUCUGGAAAGCAUUGUUCACUGGAACAGGCGGUAAUUGUGCAGGAAGGGGGAUCUUUACUAAUUUAGAUAUAGUUUUUUCCAAAUAUUUCAAGUGAAAUCUCUUACUGGAGUAAUUUACAGAUUUUUUUUUUUUUUUCAGAUUAUUCAGGUAAAUAUAUGGUAUCACAUAACAAAGAUUUUUAUAAAAAUACAACAUUUCCUAAAAUUAAAAAAAAAUAUUUCUUUGGAUAAAUUUUAUACUGGUAUCUCUGUAACUCUUUCUGUUCUAAGGGUCUCCUCUCUGUGGAGCAGAGGUGGUGCGGCAGUCUGUAGAGGAGAAGGAGUUGCAGACACAUUUCUUCUGACUGAGCACUGUGUUCCUCUUGCACAUUGGUGCCAAUGCUCAACUUUUUGCAGACGUUUUGCUGUCUGCAGCAUUCCAGAUAAGGAAAGAAGGAAGAACAAAGUAUCUUUCUCUUCUUCCAACAAGAGAUGAUCUAGGCAGCUUAAAACCGUAGUGCUUUUUUUUUCUUACUGUGUCCCAACUUCAACACUUCCAUUAUUUGAAUACGUGUAGAAUGCUCGCUUUCUAUUAAACCUCACUGUGUCCAUGUUAGAACUGACAUUUCUGUUACUGAAGAGGUAGACGUUUCAGAUGCUUCGUCUAAUGGUUAAUGCAGGUUUUUAGGACACCGAGUAAAAGUGUACGAUGGACUCUGUUCAUAAAGUAAUAAGACAGUACCAUCAUUUGAGACUACCAUUGAGAAAACCUGUUAAUUAUUUUGGAUUUUAUUUUUAUUUUGUUCUUGCAGAAGGGUUUUUUGUUUGGGGGGUUUUUUGCUGUCAACUCUGUGUAUAGUUAAAAUGCCAAAUUAGAUUUAUAGCAGCUUGAAGUUGUAUUAAGUGAUAUUUUGCUUUCUGUAAUUCUGUUAUAAAAUAAAGUUGUUUAUUCUCU